AUGGACUCUGUGCGCUUGUCAUCUCCCUUGAGGCCUCUGAUCGCCAAAUUCAAUCCGGAGCUGCAAACGCCGUUAAUUCUAGACGAGUCGUUGGAUUUUUCGGACCCUGAGGAGUCCCAAUUUAUUGGUGCAUUUUCAGACGGCCUUCUGGCCAAGUCUGACCCCAUCUUGUCUAUGCCUACUUUCCAGAAGCCCCCACAGGCGGCUUUGAUCGACUAUGAGUCCGCUCGAUCUUUGCAGGAUGGUGUCUCAUAUUCAGCCUACGGUCAGGCACCAUACGUAACCUCUACCCCACUGGUCCCAUCGCCCAUGGCCGACCACACCAGCCAAAUCUCAGAUUGUGUCCCAUAUAUGGGGAACCAGGAAUAUGCCAGUUCAUACGAAGAAGGCCGCUCACCGAUGAUGACGGGGGGUUCGCGCCCGACACCGGAGGUUGUCUCCUACACGCCUCAGAGAGGUUCCGAAGGAACAAGGGUUUUCGUUCAGAUUCAGUCCCCGUUCGAUCUCCAUGAAUCGUCUUAUGCAUCGCUCUAUCUCGUCUUUGGCGCAAAGAGAUGUGAAUGUGUUCCGCACUUUCUGGGUUUCCAAGGCUCCUCUUUUCAAUACGGAUUUUCCGUUGAGACGCCCCCUUUCAGCUCAACCUGCUCUCCGUCGUAUGCAGUUCCUUUGCAGGUCUCUAUGGAUUCGAACGACUGCUCGGCUACAACCCUCCAAGUCGGAGUCUACACGUAUGAGCCUGGUGCCAUUCAGCCACCGUCAGAUGACUUCCGGAAGAGAGGCCCGCCGUCUUACUCGGAGGAACCCAUCCAUAGAGCACCAAAACGAGUCAUUGGACAAUCGAUGCCCCCGAAAGACCAAUCGCCAGGUUCUACGGCCUCCUAUUCGCCUUAUCUGCACUCCUUGCCUGCGAUGAGUGGGUUUGUCGCCCCGUACCCAUCGGCCUCUUCCCCAAGGGCUUCUUCCACUCAAUAUUCUACCAUUUCCGCAACGUCGCAGCCCUCCAUCCGAGCACCCUCGCCUCUUACUUCCGCAUGGAGUCCAUCGAUUGUGUCUGUGAAUGGCGACCACCGGAAUCAUCCCUACAUCGCCAGCCACGGGUACCGUCAACAAAACGCCCAUUCGCCCGGCCACUUCAGCACGAAUCCGCAGCUGAUUCGGACUUCGACCUUGCAGCAAACAAAUGGCAUGGGCCAGGCGCCGGCUUUCAAUCCAUAUGCCAUGUACCCCACAAAAGCGGUUCUGAAGUUGAAUGGCGACUUGGACAGCAUGACAGAGAAUUGGACCAAGGAGGAACGCGAUACCAAACGCCGGCUGGUUCAAUUCAGCCGCGCGCAGAGAGGCAGUACGAUUUCGGCCGACUUCGCCCCGGUUUCUCUCGAGGAUCGCGCUCCCAACAGCAUCUGCAUCAGCUGCAUAUACUGGGAUGGAAAGGAUGAGUGCUUCGUCACAAGCGUCGAUACAAUCUACCUGCUUGAGUCUCUGGUUGGGGUUCGAUUCACCGUCGAGGAGAAGAAUCGCAUUCGGAGAAAUCUCGAAGGUUUCCGACCUCUCACAGUCUCCAAAGCCAAGGCAGAUAGCGAAGACUUCUUCAAAGUCAUCAUGGGAUUCCCGGCCCCCAAACCCCGUAAUAUUGAGAAAGAUGUGAAGGUCUUCCCAUGGAGAAUCCUCACUCAUGCUCUGAAGAAGAUCAUUGGCAAAUAUUCGGCGAGCUAUUCUUCAACAGCCGGAGCAUUGUCCACCCCGAUCGGCUCAACCUAUGCGAGCACCGGAGCCGCCUCGGAUUCCGGCACGGAGCCUCAUACUGCCCCAUCCCCUCAGUCUGUUUCAGACACCGCUGCUCCCAGCGCAUAUGGGCCUCCUCUGGCGGCCCCCGCAUAUUCUACCCCUGGCGAUCACGCGGGCCCUUCCAUGGCCGGAACUUCUGAGAUACGACAUGGUCUGCCCGCGAUAGGCCAGUCCUAUCAUCCCCUAGGCCCCUCCAGUUAUUAUUCUGCAGCUUGUCCGCAGCCGAGCCAAGUGGGCGUCCCUGCCCCCAGCACUCGGGCUUGGGAGUUGAAUUCUCUGCUCAGCCCUCCGCUCGCCACUGGAGCUCCGAGCAGCACACCCGUCUACAAUUAUGUGCCUUAUCCUGUCUCAGGUCCCCAUGGGCAUUGA